ACACCUCAGAUAACCCGGCUAUUUCACAACACCAGGGUGGCACUGCACCACUGACGACGAGACCAAGAACAAAACGCUGUGACGCUGCAAAAGGAGGUCAUUUGCAAAAGGAGAGAUUUUCCUCAGUGUCAAAAUGGUUAACAUGCAUUUCAGAACCUGGAAAUUAAUUUCAGAGGCAUGUAUGCAAACACUGGUGUGUUAGUAAAUCUGAUUAUUAAUAUUUAAUGGUUUUUCUCGUCUCUUCACAUCACUUUCUCUUUUAUUCUGUUUUGAUCAUUUCAUAAACUAAGCAACGUUAACCACCAUCAUCUAAACACAUCACAACCUCCUUACAGCCCUGUAUUUCUUUGACCUUUUAUAAAUACAAUCAUUCUACCCCUGUUUUGUUUCUGCUCUUUUUGUUCUUUUAAAAUACUUAAAGGUUUCAUCAAAAAAGAUGAAUGUAUGAGAUGUUUUCAAACUUCAUGUUUAUCGUUUCGUUGACUUUACACCAAUUCCUCUUUUGUACUAAAUAAGUCAGACUUGGGUUUAUGACUUUAAAGCAAAAACAUCUUGUUAAUAAACAUCGCUGGUACUGUUUUUUAUGCUGUUAGGUGAUUUGUGGACUAGAUUCUCUCUUUUUUCCCCACUGUGUUGCAUUUAAGGUCCCAUAAUCCCUCAGAUGUUUAAUACUGGUAAUUCAGUAGAAGUUAGUUUUUCCUGUCCAUGAGCCUUUUUUAACCAGGAAGAGUUAAUCACAUAUUUAAGUGAGGCAGCGUCACUAAUGGCAAAGAAACACACACGUGUCAGUGCGUGACAGCCGCAGACCUGACUCUGGUGUCCUGACACAAAACAGACAGUUUUUACCAGGGGUCUCAGACUCAAAUGACCUGAGGGCCACGAGCGUGUCGUCUGGUCAGAAAGCAGCUGUACAGUCAGUGUCUGUAUUGAUAUGGAACAAAAAAAACAACUCAUGUCUGAUGAUGUCUGAAAAUAUGGACUGUAGCCUCUGAGUGAAGGAAACACAGCGACCCACUUCAUAUCAAUCCCUGUGGACAUUUCCUGUCAUACGCUCAUGUCACAACACGCUGUCCCAUCUUUUUACCUAAAAACAUGUGAUCCAAAAUUGCUCACCUUUGAGAUUUCACUUUAGUAUGUUUAAAGGUACAGGGUGGCUACUGAUAUGAAUAUAAAAGGCUCAUUCUGGAUUCUGGUGUAAUGAAUAAUAUAGAAAAGGAUUAGAGCCAUGUGAAAAAAUACUUUUUUUUUUUCUUAAAUCACAGAAAACUGACUUUUAUCUUCAAUAAUCUGAUUUAAAUCGCAGAAUACUGAAUUUUUCCUUAGAAUUCUGUGUUAAAUCACAGAAUAUUGACUUUUUUCCUCAGAAUUAUGAUUUUGUAAAUUAAAUUUGUUUCAAAAAAGGUAAUUGUACACUUUUAAGUGCUGCAUAUGUACAAAAUAUUUUGUAUAAUUGAAGAUAAAUUGAGAAGUGACGAUAAAUUCACCUAAAUUGUAUAACACACAAGUACACAAAUAAUUACAAACUAUAGUAAAAAAUUUAUUUUUAUAUAAUGUUAAUCUAUAACUACUACUACAGUUCGUUCAGAUAGUAACACAAUAAAAUAAAGAUAUGUUAUAUGAACAAAGAAAAACAUUAAAUACCUAAUAAAAAUGAAAUAUAUAUAAUAAUAUGCACAGUGUAUUUGAUUGGAGUUCCUCCUCAAGGAAACGUUAAUGAGCGCGAGCGCUGUCUGUGGCUCGAGCUCAGCAGGUGUUCAUGAUUGAUUAACAGCAGGUGUUGAAAACAGACGACAACAGAGAGGGCAUCCGGUUUUACCGCGAUUAUAUUGUAUUUAAAAACCACGAAUUAAAGAUAUUUUUUUAGAGAAAUGAUCCAAAUCGGCUUGAAGCUGAGCGUGGUCCUCGUGCUUCUCCUUGGUUUCACGUGCUACUGUCUGGCAGGAAUCUGCAGCGUGGAACACUGUAAAGACCCCACGCGAUGUGCCAUGACUAAAGACCGCAGACGCUGCAAAUGUAUAGUGGGCUUUUAUGGCGACCAGUGUGAAAAAAAUGGAAAUAUUACAGUUUUGUGUGGGAGCAACUACAUCGCCAUCAGAGCAAUUGAGGAUUUCUUCAAGUACCAUAACGUGCCGCUGGAGUCCCUGCACUUGCCCAACCGCUCCUGUCGCGCUCAGAAGGAGGUCAUCGACGGCGUGACCUACUACAUGUCCACUGUCUCCAAGGAGACGUAUCUGGUCUGUGGCGGCAAAUCGCUGGAGACAAACUUUACUCACAUCACAUACGCUCUGAGCCUCCAGUCAGACCCUCAGGUCAGUGGUAACAUCAUCAGAGAUCCAAUCAUCAAGAUCAACUACACGUGUGUGUUUCCGUACAUCAGGAGCGUCAGUCUGCCUUUCCCGGUCGUACCAUUUUCCACUGAGAUGGUGGUGCGUGUGGAUGAGCUGGACGCCACGAUACAGAUGCUGCUGUACACAGAUCACACUUACACACAGGCUUUCGUCAGCGCCCCCACCAUCGAACUCCGAGACAAGGUGUAUGUGGCCGUGACGGUGACGGAGCCGGCAGAUUUUUUCCUGCUCCGACUUAACGAGUGUUGGGCCACGCAGACUCCCCAGCCCAACUCGACGGAGGGAUUAGUCCACGCCCUGCUUCAAAACGGGUGUGUGAAAGACCAGACUGUCUCCUUUGUGAACGUGACCGAGGAUGAGUCCGCACGUAAUGGCGCCAGCUCCACUGUGCGCUACAGCUUCAGCAUGUUCCGCUUCACGUCGGAGCCUCACAGUCUCUAUCUUCACUGCACGGUGCAGCUGUGCGAGCCAGACGACCACCUGUCCUGCACACCUAGCUGUAAUUCAAUCAGUAAGAGAGAAGCAGUGAGAGCAAAACCCGCCCAGGGUCUCCUUUCAUACGGACCCAUCAGGAUCGAAGUUCCAGACGGACCACAAUCCAGCAUGCUGACGAUGGUGGUGCUUCCUGUAGCCGGUGUGUGGACUGUGGGCCUCUUCCUCAUCAUCCUCAUCACUGUGGCAAAGGCGGGCAGGCGGAGGCUUACGCAGACAGAGGAGCACUGAGGACAAAAAUAAAACUUUGACAAUAA